UACCUUCGAGGGCUGCCAGAUCUCCAAAUGCAACUCAUGUGGUUGAUUUCGAACGACAGUUUUCAUUACUUCAAAUGGCUAAAAUCCUACAGAAAUACAUAAAAUUCUCCGGCAAGGAGCUGGAGAAGUACGCCUCCAACCCGGACUCCUGCGUGCGAUGCCUCAACACAGACAUGCACCUGGCCAUGGGGCCGUACGGCAUGGCCAGCUUCAAGCACGCGCUCCACGAGCUCCUCAUCCGCACCAAGGUGGGCAUAUACGACUCCGGCCUUGAUGGCAUAGUGCUCGGCAUCAAGAACAUUAAGAUGCUGGGCCACACGGCGGCACUGCGAGCCGACGAUCCUACCAUGCACCUAGUCAUCAAUGCCGACUUUUACGUAUUCCGACCGGUGAUCGGGGCCAUUCUGGACGGAGUGGUGCGGCACAUCUCCAAGCAUCAGGUCAGCGCCAUCAUCUACCGCGUCUUCAAUACCACCAUCCGCUUCACCAACAAGAAGCACAGCCGCGAGAGUAUGGCCAUGGAGCAGGAGAUCAAGUUUCGGAUCAAGAACUUCGACAUUAGCAAUGCCAUGCCGUAUAUCGAGGGAGAACUGCAGUUGGAGGACGGCGAGGAGCCACAGAACAAAUCCAUCAAGUUUGGCAGCCCUGAACCGGAGGAGAAGGAAGAGGAAAUCAAGAAGGAGGAUCCCGAUGACAUGUUGGAUGCCCUCCUAGAAUCACUAAAGGAGGAACCAGAUGAGGUCCAAACGUCGAAAAAGAAGUCUUCGUCAAAGCGUAGUAAGAAGGCGUCUGAAAACGGUGAGGCGGCGCCAAAAGCGAAAAAAAUGAAAAAAGAAAUAAAAAGUGAACCUUUAUAGCCAUAGAA